UUUCACUGCAGCUUCAGUCUGUUGCUAACGUUGCUCCUUUCAACAUGCUUCACAUUCGGCAUCCCUUAAUAAUAUUCUGCUGCGCUGUCCUCCUCCACGUUCACUCGUUCCAACUUCGAAACAGUUUCCCCGCUAAAUAUAAGUUGCACGAGAGUAAACUGCGUCUGCCACGUUCUGCGAAUAAAUUCGAGUCGCUGAAGCGCAGUGAGAGAGAACAACGGCUCAUUGAGCUGGGCGCUAUCACUGCAGGGAUUGCCACAGACUCUCCUAGGGAAAUCCGAGCACAUGAAGGAGACACUGUUUAUCUGCCAUGUAGAGUGCCUCAUUUGGGCACCCACAGCGUCACUUGGGCAACAAGUGGCAUGAUAUUAUCCGUGGAUACGAUGUUGGUGGAUGCCAGGCCUCGGAUGGCCGUAUCGCACGACGGCGAUAUGUGGAGGCUCGUCAUCAAAAACGCGCAGGAGUCGGACGCCGGCGAAUACACCUGUAGCGUAACCUCCAUACCGCCCCAACACCGGAACAUCACCCUCUACGUGCUACCUGCAUCAUCAUCCAUCACUCACGAUCCGCACGACACAACUCUGAGCGGCAUACGUGCCAACCUGUCGCUCGUGUGGACAGAGCUGCGCGACAUCAGAGAACAGAUAACGAGCAUCCAGCGUUCCUUAUCGGGACGACCCGGCACACAUCCAGCGUCCGAGCACCACCAGUCAAGUUCACCGGACACUCCUGACGAGCGCCUGCUUCCUUUCCCCCACCGAGAGUCAUUCCAUCCCUACAACGAGCAGCAGGCGUUUGCUCACAGUCAACGCGAAGCUGCUGUGGUCUUCGACGAAUAUCGCAACACCAUAGAAAUUGCGAGUGAUGACACAGAAAACCCGGAGGCAGCAGUAGACAACGAUGGAACCGAACACGACGCCUCGCAACAGCCACCCUAUGACGACAGCCCUCUCGCUCUCUCCCGUCUUCGGCCUGUUGGCCAUCGUCACCGCAACUCACGACGAGGAGGACCACGUCGCCGCCAUCAGAGGCCUCGUCCCCAGUUCGUCACGGCAACGUGUCAUUUGAAACCCGAUGACACAAGUUCUGCUGAGUCACGCGUGACCGGGACCAUCAGCCUGUCCCAGCCCGCAGACCUGAGUGAAGGCGUCACGAUAGAUGUUCGCAUCUCGGGGCUUGACGACAGUGCGGCCGAUGUGCUGCAGCUCAGUCUCCACAGAUACGCUGCCCCUGAAGGUAGCUGUAGCAGAGUUGGGCCAACAUUUUCUCCCUCGCAACUUUCAAGAGGGACGGUGGAACUGAGGAACAUGGAAGUCGUGUCUGGCGAGAGCACUACGCGCAAGCUCUUCCAGCACGUCGUUCUCUACGGCUACAACGGCAUCGUCGGACGCAGCUUCGUGUUGUCCACUGCAGCCGAGGACGUGACAGAGGAAGGUGAUGGCGCUGGUAAGCGUCACGCCUAGC